AAAGGGGAGUGGCUUAAAGGCCGGACCUGCUGUAUAUUUGACCAGUGAGCACACAGGAUUCCCGCUGAGAUGUUUGGAGCACCUCAAACUCCAAAUAUCUCCCAUGCCAGCCAAGACUGAGGCGCCAAACAGAGCAGGACUUUCCAGAAACUUCAGGGACAGACGGAGUUUCAAUUCCCUGGAACUCCGACCAUAAAAGCCCUUUGGUCUGCAUCCGGGAUUUUGUUACUUGGAAGAACAGCAAAGGAUUCAAGACUUCUCACAGACUCAUAAAGAAACUGAAAGUGUUUUAGGCAAAGAUGGACUCCAUUAGUCAAGACACUGAGGUGAAGCAAAAUGGCUACACAGAAGUCCACAGACCUGUGGCUGGAAUAUUUCUGGAGCAGACGAAGGAGAAGGUAACCAUAUACCAGGCUAUGAAAAAACGCCUCCUAAAGCCUGGUACAGCACUAGCUCUACUUGAAGCACAAGCAGCAACAGUAGGCAUUGUAGACCCCAUAAACAAUCGAGUACUUUCAGUUGGAGAUGCUGUCAAAGAAGGAAUAGUGGGACCAGAGAUGAAAGACAAACUCCUCAUGGCAGAAAAAGCUAUCAGUGGCUAUGUAGACCCUUACACCAAUCAAAUAAUAUCUUUAUUCCAAGCCAUGCAAAAAGAUUUGGUCCCCAGAGAUUAUGGAUUGAGGCUCCUUGAAGCACAGAUAGCCACAAAAGGUCUGUUUGAUCCCUCUGUAAAGACAUACCUUUCAGUUGAGGCUGCUAUCCAAAAGGGUUACUAUGAAAAGGGUUUGCUCAAUGACCAGAUGUCCGAACUCAAAGUCUUCUACAAUCCAAGCUCACAGGAAAACCUGAACUACCAAAAUCUCCUGGAGAAAUGUACCGUGGAGCCUGACACAGGCCUGCUGCUCCUUCCUGUUUGCAUCACCUUCAAAGGUCUCAGAAGAGGCAUUUCCUCCGCCGAACUCCUCGAAUCAAAGAUCAUCGACAAAGAAACAUUCGAUGAUCUUCAGAAGGGAAACACCACGACUCAGGAGGUGAUGCUGAUGGAAACGGUGAAAGAAUACCUGGAAGGUAAAGGUAGUAUUGCAGGCAUUGCCUUACUCUCGAAAAAUCAGAGAAUGAGCAUUUAUGAUGCAAUGAAACAAGGCAUACUGAUGCCUGGGACAGCACUGAUUUUACUCGAGGCUCAAGCUGCUACUGGGUUCAUGAUUGAUCCUGUUGAAAACAAAAGGUUCACAGUAGACGAGGCCAUCAAGCACCAACUAAUCGGCCCUGAAUUUCAUGCAAAGCUACGUUCUGCUGAGCGAGCAGUUACUGGAUAUCGAGACCCAUACACAGGUGACACCAUAUCACUGUUUCAAGCACUGUCAGCAGAUCUCAUUGUGAAGGAGCAUGGAAUACGUCUACUUGAGGCGCAAAUUGCUACUGGUGGAAUCAUAGACCCCCUCAACAGUCACAGGCUCCCCACAGAAAUUGCCUUCAAAAGGGGUUAUUUCAACGAAGAAAUGAACGCCAUACUCGAGGAUUCAGGAGAUGACACCAAGGGUUUUUUUGACCCAAACACAGAGGAGAAUCUAACCUAUCUUCAGCUAAUGGAGAGGUGCGUCACUGAUCCUGUCACUGGACUGUGCCUGCUUCCCCUCAUUGAGAAGUCUGAUAGGCUGAAUUUCAACUUCAUUGACUACCAAACUAAAAUGGCCUUCAAAAUGGAGAAGGUGAAAGUGACAUAUGGAAAGUACAUGGGGAUGACGGUAUCUCUGUGGGAACUUCUGAUGUCAGAAUACUUUGAUGAAAAUCAGAGGAAGGACAUCUUUAGAAGAUACAGAGAGGGAAAGCUAAGCAUCAAAACGAUCAUUACAACUAUUCUGGAAGUCAUAGAAAAGUCUGUGAAAACAACCAAAGUUGUUUUUGAAGGCAUCAGAGAAACUGUCACAGCCAAACAGCUUGUAGAGGCAGACAUCAUCAGCGAGGAGGUCUUGGAGGAUCUGAAAAAGGGAAAAAAGUCAGUGAAGGAAGUGACAGAAGAUGAAAGUGUCAAUGUGUACCUUCAAGGGAAAGGCAGCAUUGCAGGCAUUCUGCUUCCUGAUUCUCAAAUCAUGACCAUCUACCAGGCUAGACAAAAAGGCAAGCUGAUGCCAGGAACUGCUCUGAUUCUACUAGAAGCUCAAGCAGCAACAGGUUUUGUAAUUGACCCCAUUGGAAACCGAAAGUUUUCUGUUGAUGAUGCUGUUAAAGCAAAAAUUGUGGGGCCAGAUGUCUGUCAAAAGUUGCGCUCUGCUGAGAAGGCAGUCAUUGGUUACAGGGAUCCAUAUGAUGGCAAAAUAAUCUCUCUGUUUCAAGCCAUGCAAAAAGAUCUCAUCCUGAAAGACCAUGGGAUUCGUCUGCUGGAGGCACAAAUUGCUACUGGAGGGAUCAUUGACCCAGUAAACAGCCAUCGCAUACCUGUUCAUGUGGCCUACAAGAGGGGAUACUUUGAUGAGGAAAUGAACCAGAUUCUGAGUGAUCCAAGUGAUGAUACCAAAGGUUUCUUUGACCCCAACAACCUUGAGAACCUGACAUACUUGCAGCUCAUGGACAGAUGUGUAACCGAUCCAAGCACAGGGCUGUGUCUCUUGCCACUCAAAAGCCAAGUUAAGAAAAUAAACAUAGAUGACAGCAUGCGGGAAACUUUCAAAACAACAACAGUUACUGUGAAGUAUGGCAGGUUCAAGGGCAAGCACACAACACUAUGGGAUCUUAUCAAUUCAGAGUAUCUGACUGAAGACAGAAGGCAGGAGUUUUUCAAGCUCUACAAGUCAAGGAAAAUCAAGAUUGAGCAACUGAUUGUCACCAUUCUUGAGAUCAUUGAAACAAAAGAAAUAAAACAACAAGCAGGGCUGAACUUUGAUGCUCUCAGAGGAAAGAUUUCUGUUGUCGAUCUUGUGGAGCUUGAUAUUGUGGAUGAAAAAAUGUAUAACAGUUUGAUUGAGGGGAAAAUAACAAGCAGUGAUGUGAUGAAAAAUGAUACCGUGAGAUCCUACCUACAAGGUAAAAGUUGUGUUGCAGGGGUAAUACUGCAACCCUCCAAUCAGAAGCUAAGCAUCUAUGAGGCUCAGAGAAUUGGCAUUCUUACACCUGGCACUGCCCUCUGCCUCCUUGAGGCACAAGCAGCUACAGGGUUCAUUGUUGACCCUCUAAAUAACAAAAAACUCACAGUGGAACAAGCUCUCAAAGAAAAGGUGAUAGGGCCACAGAUGUUUGAGAAGCUUCUGUCAGCAGAGAGGGCUGUGACUGGUUACAGAGAUCCAUACACCGGCCAAAAGAUCUCACUUUUCCAAGCCUUGCAAAAAGAUCUUAUCGUCAAGUGCCAUGGCAUCCGUUUACUUGAGGCCCAGAUUGCUACAGGUGGCAUCAUUGAUCCCUUGAAGUGUCUUCACUUACCUCUCGAGGUUGCCUACAGGAAAGGAUAUUUUGACGCAGAACUUAAUCAGAUCCUUUCAGACCCUACUGAUGACACAAAGGGCUUUUUUGACCCUAAGACACAAGACAAUCUGACCUACAUGGAGAUGUUGGGUAGAUGUCAUAAAGAUGAGGAAACAGGAUUGUUUCUCCUGCCACUGAAUGACAAACGAAAAACUUCUGAAGCCAAGGCGAAAGUGUACACCACCACUGAGAUAAAGAGUGAAUUUGAAAAGACUGUUGUAAGCGUGUCACUGGGACGCUACGCUGGAAAAUCAGUGUCACUUUGGGACUUGAUUCACUCUGGGUACUUCACUGAGGAUCAGCAGCUUGAACUCAUUGAAAAAUACAGAACAAGAAAGAUUGAUACACAAACCAUCAUCAUGAUAGUGAUUUCCACCAUUGAAAAUCUUGAGAACAGUGGAACUGCCACAGUAAUGGGGCUAAGAAAGCCUGUCUCUGCACAACAGUUUCUUGAUGCUGAUAUCAUUGACAAAGAUACAUUUGAACAGAUGAAGGAAGGUAAACUCACUUUUGAGGAAGUUACCCAGCGUGAAUCUGUCAGGGGAUACCUUAAAGGAACUGGGAGCAUCGCUGGAAUUAAGGCUUAUCCAUCCCAGAAAGUGAUGAGUAUAUAUGAAGCAAAAAUGGAAGAUCGGUUGACACCUGGAAUCGCACUUGGACUGCUUGAGGCACAGGCUGCCACAGGAUGGAUCAUUGAUCCAAUUAAUAAUAAGUUCUAUGCUGUUGACGAGGCAGCAAGGGAAAAAGUCAUUGGACCAGAUGUACUUGAAAAACUUCUCUCAGCUGAGCGAGCAGUCACUGGCUAUAAAGAUCCCUACACAGAUGCAACAAUUUCACUAUUUGAAGCCAUGAGUGAACAGUUGAUUCAAAGAAGUGAGGGCAUUCGUCUUCUUGAUUCACAGAUAGCAACUGGAGGAGUAGUUGACCCAAAUCAAAGUCACAGACUGCCUCUACAUGUUGCUAUCAAAAAGGGGUAUCUGGAUGAGGAUACCAGCAAAAUUCUGAUGAGCCCAACUGAUGAUGCCAAGGGAUUCUUUGACCCAAAUGCCAAAGAAAACCUCUCUUACCUCGAGCUCAUGAAGCGCUGUGAGAAGGAUCCCAAAACUGAGCUACUCCUUCUACCUCUGUAUGAAGAAGAAUCCCACAUACUUCACACGGAUGAAAAAAUCCAGCUUGAUUUCAAAAACAAAAGGAUUGCAAUAAAUGCAGGGAAAUUCAAAAACAAAGAGGUAACAUUGUGGGAAGUGCUGCUCUCUGAAUAUAUAUCAGAACAAAAAAGAGAACAGAUCAUACAGCAAUACAGGACAGGAGUCAUGAAAAUAGAGGAGAUCAUUGAAAUACUAACUGUGAUCAUAACAGAAGUAUCAUCCAAAGAAAGAAAGUUCAAAGGACUGAGAAAGCAGGUCUCAGCCAGUGAGUUGUACGAAUCAAAAAUUAUCUCGAAGGAGCUGUUCACAAAGAUUAUACAAGGAGAAGUGACUGAGGACAAAAUCAGCAACAUGGAAUCAGUUCAGAAGUACCUUGGAGCUACAAACUGCAUUGCAGGUGUCUACUUGCAGUCCACCCAAGAGACCCUGAGCAUCUAUGAAGCCAAAAGGCGAGGACUGUUGACUCCUGGUACCUCUCUGGUUCUGCUGGAAGCACAGGCUGCCACAGGGUUUGUCAUUGACCCAGUCAACAACCAGAAACUCUCUGUGGAGGAAGCUGUUGCUCAAAAAGUGGUUGGCAGCGAAUGGAAGAACAAACUGUUUUCGGCAGAGAGAGCAGUCACAGGAUACAAAGACCCAUACACUGGAGACACAAUUUCCCUGUUCCAGGCCUUGAAUAAAGACCUCAUCGUCAAAGAUCAUGGAAUCCGCCUCCUUGAAGCACAAAUUGCCACUGGAGGCAUCAUCGACCCAGUGCACAGUCACAGAGUUCCUGUUCAGGUGGCAUACCAAAGAGGGUACUUCAACGAGGAAAUGAAUCAGAUCCUGUCAGACCCUGAUGAUGACACCAAGGGAUUCUUCGAUCCCAACACUCAGGAGAAUCUCACAUAUCUACAGCUGAUUGAGAGAUGUGUAAAAGACCCUACAACUGAUCUUUACUUAUUGUCCAUUGUGAAGAAAGGAGAGUUUUAUUUCUUUGUUGAUGAGGCAACAAAACUCAUCUUGAAAUCAACAACAACAACAAAAGCAGGAGGGAGAUACCAAGGAACAACAGUGUCUCUGUGGGACCUGCUCUACUCCAAAUACAUCACUGAGGACAAGAGGAGGGAUCUUGUGCAACAGUUCAAGUCUGGAUCAAUCACAAUCGACCGCUUCUUGGAAAUCAUCUUGACAAUCAUUCAAAAGCAGACUACAACAACUACAUCCACAUCAUCAAUUGUCCAGUGCCAACCACCUGAAACCAAAUCAGACAGCAGCAAAACUACAAUAACCACAACCAUCACAGAGACAACUGAAGUCAAGAAUUUCCAUGGAAUCAGAAAGGAUGUCACUGCUACUGAGCUACUGGAAUCCAAAAUCAUUGAUGAAAACCUUUACAAAGAUCUAAGUGCUGGGAAAGUCACAGUAACUGAAAUAAGUGAAAUGGACUCUGUGCGCAAGUACCUUGAGGGGACCAACUGCAUUGCAGGUGUCUACUUGCAGUCCACCCAAGAGACCCUGAGCAUCUAUGAAGCCAAAAGGCGAGGACUGCUGACUCCUGGUACCUCUCUGGUUCUGCUGGAAGCACAGGCUGCCACAGGGUUUGUCAUUGACCCAGUCAACAACCAGAAACUCUCUGUGGAGGAAGCUGUUGCUCAAAAAGUGGUUGGCAGCGAAUGGAAGAACAAACUGCUUUCAGCAGAGAGAGCAGUCACAGGAUACAAAGACCCAUAUACAGGAGACACAAUUUCCCUGUUCCAGGCCUUGAAUAAAGACCUCAUCGUCAAAGAUCAUGGAAUCCGCCUCCUUGAAGCACAAAUUGCCACUGGAGGCAUCAUCGACCCGGUGCACAGUCACAGAGUUCCUGUUCAGGUGGCAUACCAAAGAGGGUACUUCAACGAGGAAAUGAAUCAGAUCCUGUCAGACCCUGAUGAUGACACCAAGGGAUUCUUUGAUCCCAACACUCAGGAGAACCUCACAUAUCUACAGCUGGUGGAGAGGUGUAUCACAGACCCCAUCACAGGGCUCAGCUUGCUGGUCAUUGUGAUGAAAGGAGAGUUUUAUUUCUUUGUUGAUGAGGCAACAAAACUCAUCUUGAAAUCAACAACAACAACAAAAGCAGGAGGGAGAUACCAAGGAACAACAGUGUCUCUGUGGGACCUGCUCUACUCCAAAUACAUCACUGAGGACAAGAGGAGGGAUCUUGUGCAACAGUUCAAGUCUGGAUCAAUCACAAUCGACCGCUUCUUGGAAAUCAUCUUGACAAUCAUUCAAAAGCAGACUACAACAACUACAUCCACAUCAUCAAUUGUCCAGUGCCAACCACCUGAAACCAAAUCAGACAGCAGCAAAACUACAAUAACCACAACCAUCACAGAGACAACUGAAGUCAAGAAUUUCCAUGGAAUCAGAAAGGAUGUCACUGCUACUGAGCUACUGGAAUCCAAAAUCAUUGAUGAAAACCUUUUCAAAGAUCUAGGUGCUGGGAAAGUCACAGUGACUGAAGUAAGUGAAAUGGACUCUGUGCGCAAGUACCUUGAGGGGACCAACUGCAUUGCAGGUGUCUACUUGCAGUCCACCCAAGAGACCCUGAGCAUCUAUGAAGCCAAAAGGCGAGGACUGCUGACUCCUGGUACCUCUCUGGUUCUGCUGGAAGCACAGGCUGCCACAGGGUUUGUCAUUGACCCAGUCAACAACCAGAAACUCUCUGUGGAGGAAGCUGUUGCUCAAAAAGUGGUUGGCAGCGAAUGGAGGAACAAACUGCUUUCAGCAGAGAGAGCAGUCACAGGAUACAAAGACCCAUACACUGGAGACACAAUUUCCCUGUUCCAGGCCUUGAAUAAAGACCUUAUCGUCAAAGAUCAUGGAAUCCGCCUCCUUGAAGCACAAAUUGCCACUGGAGGCAUCAUCGACCCAGUGCACAGUCACAGAGUUCCUGUUCAGGUGGCAUACCAAAGAGGGUACUUCAAUGAGGAAAUGAAUCAGAUCUUGUCAGACCCUGAUGAUGACACCAAGGGAUUCUUUGAUCCCAACACUCAGGAGAACCUCACAUAUCUGCAGCUGGUGGAGAGGUGUAUCACAGAUUCCUUCACAGGGCUCAGCUUGCUGGUCAUUGUGAAGAAAGGAGAGUUUUAUUUCUUUGUUGAUGAGGCAACAAAACUCAUCUUGAAAUCAACAACAACAACAAAAGCAGGAGGGAGAUACCAAGGAACAACAGUGUCUCUGUGGGACCUGCUCUACUCCAAAUACAUCACUGAGGACAAGAGGAGGGAUCUUGUGCAACAGUUCAAGUCUGGAUCAAUCACAAUCGACCGCUUCUUGGAAAUCAUCUUGACAAUCAUUCAAAAGCAGACUACAACAACUACAUCCACAUCAUCAAUUGUCCAGUGCCAACCACCUGAAACCAAAUCAGACAGCAGCAAAACUACAAUAACCACAACCAUCACAGAGACAACUGAAGUCAAGAAUUUCCAUGGAAUCAGAAAGGAUGUCACUGCUACUGAGCUACUGGAAUCCAAAAUCAUUGAUGAAAACCUUUUCAAAGAUCUAGGUGCUGGGAAAGUCACAGUGACUGAAGUAAGUGAAAUGGACUCUGUGCGCAAGUACCUUGAGGGGACCAACUGCAUUGCAGGUGUCUACUUGCAGUCCACCCAAGAGACCCUGAGCAUCUAUGAAGCCAAAAGGCGAGGACUGUUGACUCCUGGUACCUCUCUGGUUCUGCUGGAAGCACAGGCUGCCACAGGGUUUGUCAUUGACCCAGUCAACAACCAGAAACUCUCUGUGGAGGAAGCUGUUGCUCAAAAAGUGGUUGGCAGCGAAUGGAAGAACAAACUGCUUUCAGCAGAGAGAGCAGUCACAGGAUACAAAGACCCAUACACUGGAGACACAAUUUCCCUGUUCCAGGCCUUGAAUAAAGACCUUAUCAAAGAUCAUGGAAUCCGCCUCCUUGAAGCACAAAUUGCCACUGGAGGCAUCAUCGACCCAGUGCACAGUCACAGAGUUCCUGUUCAGGUGGCAUACCAAAGAGGGUACUUCAACGAGGAAAUGAAUCAGAUCUUGUCAGACCCUGAUGAUGACACCAAGGGAUUCUUCGAUCCCAACACUCAGGAGAACCUCACAUAUCUGCAGCUGGUGGAGAGGUGUAUCACAGAUUCCUUCACAGGGCUCAGCUUGCUGGUCAUUGUGAAGAAAGGAGAGUUUUAUUUCUUUGUUGAUGAGGCAACAAAACUCAUCUUGAAAUCAACAACAACAACAAAAGCAGGAGGGAGAUACCAAGGAACAACAGUGUCUCUGUGGGACCUGCUCUACUCCAAAUACAUCACUGAGGACAAGAGGAGGGAUCUUGUGCAACAGUUCAAGUCUGGAUCAAUCACAAUCGACCGCUUCUUGGAAAUCAUCUUGACAAUCAUUCAAAAGCAGACUACAACAACUACAUCCACAUCAUCAAUUGUCCAGUGCCAACCACCUGAAACCAAAUCAGACAGCAGCAAAACUACAAUAACCACAACCAUCACAGAGACAACUGAAGUCAAGAAUUUCCAUGGAAUCAGAAAGGAUGUCACUGCUACUGAGCUACUGGAAUCCAAAAUCAUUGAUGAAAACCUUUACAAAGAUCUAAGUGCUGGGAAAGUCACAGUAACUGAAAUAAGUGAAAUGGACUCUGUGCGCAAGUACCUUGAGGGGACCAACUGCAUUGCAGGUGUCUACUUGCAGUCCACCCAAGAGACCCUGAGCAUCUAUGAAGCCAAAAGGCGAGGACUGUUGACUCCUGGUACCUCUCUGGUUCUGCUGGAAGCACAGGCUGCCACAGGGUUUGUCAUUGACCCAGUCAACAACCAGAAACUCUCUGUGGAGGAAGCUGUUGCUCAAAAAGUGGUUGGCAGCGAAUGGAAGAACAAACUGCUUUCAGCAGAGAGAGCAGUCACAGGAUACAAAGACCCAUACACUGGAGACACAAUUUCCCUGUUCCAGGCCUUGAAUAAAGACCUUAUCGUCAAAGAUCAUGGAAUCCGCCUCCUUGAAGCACAAAUUGCCACUGGAGGCAUCAUCGACCCAGUGCACAGUCACAGAGUUCCUGUUCAGGUGGCAUACCAAAGAGGGUACUUCAACGAGGAAAUGAAUCAGAUCUUGUCAGACCCUGAUGAUGACACCAAGGGAUUCUUCGAUCCCAACACUCAGGAGAACCUCACAUAUCUGCAGCUGGUGGAGAGGUGUAUCACAGAUUCCUUCACAGGGCUCAGCUUGCUGGUCAUUGUGAAGAAAGGAGAGUUUUAUUUCUUUGUUGAUGAGGCAACAAAACUCAUCUUGAAAUCAACAACAACAACAAAAGCAGGAGGGAGAUACCAAGGAACAACAGUGUCUCUGUGGGACCUGCUCUACUCCAAAUACAUCACUGAGGACAAGAGGAGGGAUCUUGUGCAACAGUUCAAGUCUGGAUCAAUCACAAUCGACCGCUUCUUGGAAAUCAUCUUGACAAUCAUUCAAAAGCAGACUACAACAACUACAUCCACAUCAUCAAUUGUCCAGUGCCAACCACCUGAAACCAAAUCAGACAGCAGCAAAACUAUAAUAACCCCAACCAUCACAGAGACAACUAAAGUCAAGAAUUUCCAUGGAAUCAGAAAGGAUGUCACUGCUACUGAGCUACUGGAAUCCAAAAUCAUUGAUGAAAACCUUUACAAAGAUCUAAGUGCUGGGAAAGUCACAGUAACUGAAAUAAGUGAAAUGGACUCUGUGCGCAAGUACCUUGAGGGGACCAACUGCAUUGCAGGUGUCUACUUGCAGUCCACCCAAGAGACCCUGAGCAUCUAUGAAGCCAAAAGGCGAGGACUGUUGACUCCUGGUACCUCUCUGGUUCUGCUGGAAGCACAGGCUGCCACAGGGUUUGUCAUUGACCCAGUCAACAACCAGAAACUCUCUGUGGAGGAAGCUGUUGCUCAAAAAGUGGUUGGCAGCGAAUGGAAGAACAAACUGCUUUCAGCAGAGAGAGCAGUCACAGGAUACAAAGACCCAUAUACAGGAGACACAAUUUCCCUGUUCCAGGCCUUGAAUAAAGACCUCAUCGUCAAAGAUCAUGGAAUCCGCCUCCUUGAAGCACAAAUUGCCACUGGAGGCAUCAUCGACCCAGUGCACAGUCACAGAGUUCCUGUUCAGGUGGCAUACCAAAGAGGGUACUUCAACGAGGAAAUGAAUCAGAUCUUGUCAGACCCUGAUGAUGACACCAAGGGAUUCUUCGAUCCCAACACUCAGGAGAACCUCACAUAUCUACAGCUGGUUGAGAGGUGUAUCACAGAUUCCUUCACAGGGCUCAGCUUGCUGGUCAUUGUGAAGAAAGGAGAGUUUUAUUUCUUUGUUGAUGAGGCAACAAAACUCAUCUUGAAAUCAACAACAACAACAAAAGCAGGAGGGAGAUACCAAGGAACAACAGUGUCUCUGUGGGACCUGCUCUACUCCAAAUACAUCACUGAGGACAAGAGGAGGGAUCUUGUGCAACAGUUCAAGUCUGGAUCAAUCACAAUCGACCGCUUCUUGGAAAUCAUCUUGACAAUCAUUCAAAAGCAGACUACAACAACUACAUCCACAUCAUCAAUUGUCCAGUGCCAACCACCUGAAACCAAAUCAGACAGCAGCAAAACUAUAAUAACCACAACCAUCACAGAGACAACUGAAGUCAAGAAUUUCCAUGGAAUCAGAAAGGAUGUCACUGCUACUGAGCUACUGGAAUCCAAAAUCAUUGAUGAAAACCUUUACAAAGAUCUAAGUGCUGGGAAAGUCACAGUAACUGAAAUAAGUGAAAUGGACUCUGUGCGCAAGUACCUUGAGGGGACCAACUGCAUUGCAGGUGUCUACUUGCAGUCCACCCAAGAGACCCUGAGCAUCUAUGAAGCCAAAAGGCGAGGACUGUUGACUCCUGGUACCUCUCUGGUUCUGCUGGAAGCACAGGCUGCCACAGGGUUUGUCAUUGACCCAGUCAACAACCAGAAACUCUCUGUGGAGGAAGCUGUUGCUCAAAAAGUGGUUGGCAGCGAAUGGAAGAACAAACUGCUUUCAGCAGAGAGAGCAGUCACAGGAUACAAAGACCCAUAUACAGGAGACACAAUUUCCCUGUUCCAGGCCUUGAAUAAAGACCUCAUCGUCAAAGAUCAUGGAAUCCGCCUCCUUGAAGCACAAAUUGCCACUGGAGGCAUCAUCGACCCAGUGCACAGUCACAGAGUUCCUGUUCAGGUGGCAUACCAAAGAGGGUACUUCAACGAGGAAAUGAAUCAGAUCCUGUCAGACCCUGAUGAUGACACCAAGGGAUUCUUCGAUCCCAACACUCGGGAGAAUCUCACAUAUCUACAGCUGGUUGAGAGGUGUAUCACAGAUUCCUUCACAGGGCUCAGCUUGCUGGUCAUUGUGAAGAAAGGAGAGUUUUAUUUCUUUGUUGAUGAGGCAACAAAACUCAUCUUGAAAUCAACAACAACAACAAAAGCAGGAGGGAGAUACCAAGGAACAACAGUGUCUCUGUGGGACUUGCUCUACUCCAAAUACAUCACUGAGGACAAGAGGAGGGAUCUUGUGCAACAGUUCAAGUCUGGAUCAAUCACAGUCGACCGCUUCUUGGAAAUCAUCUUGACAAUCAUUCAAAAGCAGACUACAACAACUACAUCCACAUCAUCAAUUGUCCAGUGCCAACCACCUGAAACCAAAUCAGACAGCAGCAAAACUACAAUAACCACAACCAUCACAGAGACAACUGAAGUCAAGAAUUUCCAUGGAAUCAGAAAGGAUGUCACUGCUACUGAGCUACUGGAAUCCAAAAUCAUUGAUGAAAACCUUUACAAAGAUCUAAGUGCUGGGAAAGUCACAGUGAAAAUAAUAAGUGAAAUGGACUCUGUGCGCAAGUACCUUGAGGGGACCAACUGCAUUGCAGGUGUCUACUUGCAGUCCACCCAAGAGACCCUGAGCAUCUAUGAAGCCAAAAGGCGAGGACUGCUGACUCCUGGUACCUCUCUGGUUCUGCUGGAAGCACAGGCUGCCACAGGGUUUGUCAUUGACCCAGUCAACAACAAGAAACUCUCUGUGGAGGAAGCUGCAGCCCAGCAAGUGUUUGGCAGUGAGUGGAAAAACAAACUGCUUUCAGCAGAGAGAGCAGUCACAGGAUACAAAGACCCAUAUACUGGAGACACAAUUUCCCUGUUCCAGGCCUUGAAUAAAGACCUCAUCGUCAAAGAUCAUGGAAUCCGCCUCCUUGAAGCACAAAUUGCCACUGGAGGCAUCAUUGACCCAGUGCACAGUCACAGAGUUCCUGUUCAGGUGGCAUACCAAAGAGGGUACUUCAAUGAGGAAAUGAAUCAGAUCCUGUCAGACCCUGAUGAUGACACCAAGGGAUUCUUCGAUCCCAACACUCGGGAGAAUCUCACAUAUCUACAGCUGGUUGAGAGGUGUAUCACAGAUCCCAUCACUGGCCUUACUUUACUUCCUUUGCACCAGUAAAGGAAGAAUACCUUUCCGUCAGAUGUCUUUCUUUGCUAAGAUUAGCAUAUACAUAUUUCAGUAAAGCUUACACAGAGCCACUAAUAGUUUUUCUUUAUUCCUACCAUCUUAAGAAAUUGACAGUAUAUAUUUUUUUUACCAAAAGGAGAGACCACACUAAAUGUACUGCCCCAAAUACUUAAUUUUUACUUCAUGCUGAAGAAAAAUGAUUUUCAAUGAAAAUGUUUCCUGAUGUGACCUAAUGAAUGUUUCUAUUUGAGCACUGAAGAGCCUUGAGGUUUGCCAACAUCCCCAAAUCCAAUGCCCCGUUGUUGCACAUGCAGUUUAAUUAUAGCGUUUUUUAUUAAUCAUAGAGUUUUAUUAUAACUCUCUGACUGGUUAAAUUAAUAAGCCUACACAUUCUCAGCCCACAUAUUCUAAGAUGAAAAUCAAUGAUGUUUUCUUAUAGUACAUUAAAGGACAUGAAUGUAAGUUAUACCCAUUUUUAUGUCAAAUGUCAAGCUGUGAAAAAACAUCUUAUGGCCUUUUUUAAGUUUACACUUCAUUAUCUGAAACAUGGCCUUGAUUUUUUUUGUUUCUUAGUAUCAUUUUAUAACCUACUGACUCUGGGUCUCUGGCAGUAAUCAUGAUUUCCAACAAAAGUAUAAAGUUGUAUAUUUGUGAUUCUCAUUUAAAGUUUUUUUUCAUCUUUAAUGUUGUUCGUGUGGAUUUAAAUGGUUUUGCAUUGCUGGCUGUUUACAAAGUCAACAUAUUUUGGCCUAUAGAGGCUGAAGUUCUUCACAACUAUUUGAUAAGACUUGCAAUUUGCUUGGUUUCUUGAGUUUUUAAAAUUUAAAUCAAUAAACAAAGUCAACUCUAUAUUCAUUUUUCUGUACUGCUGUCUGAACUUUUUUGCAAAGUUUCUUUAUUAAAAACUCCAAUAAAAAAACA